AUGCUCAGUAGUCGUUCAUGGCCAAAGGAAUGCUUUUCAAGUAGCCUCUUCCACCCACUGAACUUGACUCCGCUCUCGACACUCCCUCCCAAUGCCCUCACGCCUUUAAUUCCAUCCCGAUCGAUCAGUUCAACCCCGCGCAGACUUGUGGCAGCUCAAGGAGGGCAGAUCAGUGGAAUCGAUCAAAAUGAGCAGCUAGCGACUUGUGAAUACUGGUGUGGGAUACGGCUUCAGACUAUCCUAAGCCAAUCUUAUAACCCCCCGGGUCCAAAUGACAAGCGGCGGCAGCGUACGGAAUUCAGCUCCAACCUAGCGUCUUUCAAACCAUUCGUUGCGCAAUCAGCUAUCUCGGAACCGUUACAAUCACACCCUGUUCCCAACUCUACGCCACUAUCGCAUAGUAACAAAUCGGUGAAGAAACGAGAUGCGGAAGGGAAACGGCCGCAAGAGAGGCCAGACACGGGCCGAAGCAAUCCUCGCAGAAGGUCAAAAUUGGAUUCUUCAACAAUCACGCCGACUCCCACGGAGUUUAUGAUGGACACGCUACAAAAUGUCUUCGAAUACCCUGAUAACGACGGAGGCGGCAAUUGGGUGCUGGCAGCGAGAAACCCCAACGACCCUCUCAUGACACCCUUAACCAAGUCGCAAAGGAUCUCGUACAAAAUAAACCACAGGAGUUCACUUCAGGAGGCUCUUGCUGAAUACCUAUACGAUGUGGAGCGCCAUAGAGGCCCGGAGAAUAGGCCCGGAGAGCUCAAGAUCAAGAGCCCACCCGACGAGAAAUUAGAUCUUGAUGCUGGGCUACAAAGGUUCAGUCGCAGGAAAUUUGAAAAGUAUCUUCAUCAACGUGGGUACUGCAUCACUGAUCUGACAGUGUGGGCCUGGAUAUUUUCGGCUGGCACCCCUUACCAGGCUGCUCUCCGUCUGCUAGCAAUCGAGGAUAAGAGCAGGCCAAGGAACGGUCCCUAUUUUCGUACAACCCCUCCGUUCAUUCCGCUGUUUCUGUUACGGCAAAAUCUUGAUUUGGAUACAUUUCGCCUGCUUCUGCUAUACUCACUCAGCCUCAUAAGCGGUCAGCCGUUGCCCAGAUAUAAAGCAUACGCGAGAGUGAUGUCAGAAGACGUGUGGCUCGAAAACGCCCGGGCAGAAGACGCGGCACCCUUAAUUGACCCCAACAUGUGUAUUACAUUUGUCGUGCGACUCCUCCACCAUGCCCGUCAAUUGCUGCCGCAGGCUCAGGUUCCCAUCGUGCGCGCGCUCGCAACCUACCUGACUCUCUUGAAGUCAGACAAGGCGCACGGCGUCUCACGCGCGACGCCACAGAACAUGAAGUUCAUGACGGCUAAAUUCAACUUGGUCCUUCGGCUACUCGCACUGCGCUGCAGACAGGGUUCAUUCAGGUCGGCUGCAAUACAGCAGGAAGCACAGUUCACACUACUCAGAGCGAUGGCGGGGAAUCAACCCGUUAUGCCUGUGACCCGACAGAGCUAUCAAGCUAUCGCUGUCGUCCAACUUGCACACAAAAAAACAUCGGCAGAACGUCAAUUUGCAGAGUUGAAGGCACCAUCAUGGCCACCCUGGAAAGAAGAGAAAUCAGGCAUCGAUUUCCAGCGCGGAUCCGAAGGUAUGAGUAGUCGAGCAAUGCGCGUGAUGACCCAAAUGAAGGAAGCAGGAUAUGGCCAUAGCCGCUGGGAAGAGGUUGCUGGAAUCUAUGCCGGCUGGGACACCGACAAAAGCCCAACCAUCCAAACUAGGGCUUCAAUGCCCCAGCCCCGGCUUCUGCGCAAUUCAGUAGGGAGUACCUCCAGUGCAGCAAUCUGGGAGGCCCGUCUGCGUUCCACCAGAACUGUGCGUGAAGCCUGGGCAUGCUUCCUCUCAUACCAAGAUCAAGGCUUGGGCCCACAGGAUAGAGUCUAUGGUGCGAUGGUUGACAAAUUAGUCCACGGAGAUAAGCCAGAGAAGAAUAACUUUGGUCACUCAAGCCAUGCGCUGCCAGGCGAUGGGUUGGAAGUUUUUCCCGAGCCUUCCUCCGCCCGAGAUUUGAUCUAUGUACAUACCGAGCCACCUACUUUAGGUGAAUUUCUCCAUCAGAUGUUGUCUCAGGGUAUCCGACCGCGCAGCAAGAUGUUGGCUUCACUUCUGCCCUCCGCGCCUAACAUCCGGUGUGGUCUGGAUUAUCUUUGCUGCAGCCGUCUAUCCAACGAUCAGGUCAUGGCCUUGUGUACUACUUGGGGCAGUGAAACCGACUAUCGUGAAAGAAGUGGACGGGUCUUAAACGAAAUAUCUGACUUUCUUUUCACUGCCUUUAUAUACCUCUUGUGCAAGUUUCCGACACCCAAGGACCUUAUGUUUCGACACUCUGUGCGCGCCAUGGAUGCUUUCCCCUUGAUUAUGGGGUACCGGUCCAAGGCUCAUAUGAAACCUGCGACCCUCUUUUCUUACGCCCCCGGCAGUCCAACCAAUUUACAACAUGCGAUCAAUUUGCUGAUGGUACGGAAGUCCAAGCCUCCCGAGGCAUGGACUCAUGCCUUGUCGGCUAUUAGCAGGAACCGCCUCUCUCAUGCCAACCGCAUGGUGAACAAAAACACGCAAGUUGUACUCACCUGGUAUGAGAGCUUGGAGUUACUUGGCCGCAUGAAAAAACUUCGAAUUGAACUUCGUCCGGAGGCAUUCCGGCUUCUUUGCAACAAUUUCUCCAAGUUCAUGAUGGCCGAGAAAGCACAGCCCGGCGCCACAGAAGAAGGCAUGCAGCUUGUAGCAGAAGUGGCACGGUAUGGAGCCUUGACUCAUGUUGAUUUAGACUGUCUGCAAUCGCAGGAUAUGACUGCGAGUGGUCUUGAUAUCCUCCGAGGCCAAUUCGACCGACUGGUUACCCAGGGCUCAAUGACACACCCAGUGUUUGCGAAGGAAAACGAACCUCAAUCCAGAGUGGAAGGCGCCGACUCGUUGCCUCGGUUAUCUUACAUUCCCUCUCCGGCCAUCUUCCACGCAUUGGUGCGAUCGCUUGGAUUUGCCGAAGAUUACGAUAGUUUAAUACAAGUCCUUGGAUGGAUGUGUCGCUAUGAAUCCAACAUCCAGGCAGCGUCGGAAGAGUAUAUGAAUGGUCCGAGGAUGUUGCGAAAUGUCGUGGUGGCAAUCAGCGUGUAUCUCGAAGGACAUUUGGACAUACGGUCUCAGCGGCACUCGACCAAGAUGCAGUCGGCACAUGAGCCGAACGAAACACACUCAUUGGAGGGAGCCUCGUCGGAUCACUCUGAUGGAAGGCCAUCUGCGGACCUCAUCUUGGAGAAAGCAUAUGACAUGGUGACGGCGUCGGAGGUCCUGGGUCCAUGGCCGAACCAUGAAGAAAUCCAGGCGUAUUGUCAAACUCAUUGGGAGGAGCAGCGGGUGCUGUGA